GACGGAGUGCAGAGCUCAGUCUAAACACGUGCUCCCUAGCAGCCGGUAGCGAAAACGUGGGUGGAAAACAUUCAGGGCUUAUUCCUUCUUCCUGACUCAGUUUUAGGUUGUGAGAACAUUUGGACUAAUAAUUUCUUGUCUGUUGCACAUUGUAAACAUCUGCCGGGACAUUUUAAGUGAUUAUUUGAAGACUUUGAAUCAUCAUCAUGACGUCAACAGACGGUCGAGAAAAUUAUAAAUUGGAACAAGAACAUUUGACUAAUAAUCAUCGUGAUCAUGGUUGUUGUCCUGAUGCCAUCUCCUCGGACACAUCCGGGUCCUCCACGGAAAGCGACAAUCCCAAAAAGGAGCUACACCAGAGGGAAGUUUGGACCCGAAAAAUCGACUUUCUCUUGGCUUGUGUUGGAUUUUCCGUUGGUCUUGGGAAUGUGUGGAGAUUUCCUUUUCUUUGUUAUAAAAACGGCGGAGGUGCGUUCCUGAUACCGUAUUUCAUAGCCGUAUUGCUGGGUGGUAUACCUACAUUUUUCCUGGAAGUAAGCUUGGGUCAGUUCAUGGCUGAAGGAGGGAUAGGAUGUUGGAAGAUUGCUCCAUUGUUCCAAGGUAUUGGAUACGCAUGCGCCAUUAUCGUCUUUUUGCUUAACUGCGAGUACAACAUCAUCCUAACAUGGGCGCUGUACUAUCUCUUCUCCUCAUUCACUGCGGUCCUUCCGUGGUCCCAUGGCAAUAACGAAUGGAAUUCCCCUGCGUGCAGAGAAAUGUAUUCGGAGAAACAGACUAACUGGACGACGUUAAACAUGACGGACGUCACCACCACUGUUGCUGCAUUUGUGACCAAACUGGGUGACAAAGCAACCGAGGCGGCGGCCAAACCACCAGCGUGCGACCCUGUUACAGAAUUUUGGGAGCGGAAAGUCCUGCAGCUCUCCGACGGGGUGGACCACCCUGGCAACAUCAAGUGGGACCUCGCCCUGUGCCUCUUACUAGCAUGGAUCAUCAUCUAUUUCUGCAUAUGGAAAGGCAUUAAAUCAUCCGGAAAGGUGAUGUACUUCACGGCCACCAGCCCCUAUGUGCUCAUGUUCGUGUUGCUUAUCCGUGGCGUCACAUUGGACGGGGCCAUCGACGGUAUCCGUUACUACCUGAUCCCUGACUGGCAGAGACUCCUGGACCCACAGGUGUGGGUAGAUGCAGGAACUCAAAUCUUCUUCAGCUACUCCAUCAGUCUGGGAACUCUAACAGCCCUGGGAAGUUACAACAGAUUCAAACAUAACUCGUUUAGGGAUAGCAUGGGUUUCGCAGCUGUCAACAGUUUCACCAGCAUUCUGGCUGGGCUUGUGAUAUUUUCCGUCUUAGGUUUUAUGGCUAAACAACAAGGUACCACCGUGGACAAGGUUGCCGAAUCAGGACCCGGAUUGGCAUUCAUCGCCUACCCUGAGGCAGUCAGACAGAUGCCAGUUGCGCCCCUUUGGGCUGUUCUGUUCUUUGCAAUGGUGUUAUUACUUGGUCUUGAUAGUCAGUUUGUGGGUGUGGAAGGGUUUGUCACUGCCGUCGUUGACGGUUACCCACAGUACCUUAGACGAGGCCGGAGGAGAGAAAUAUUUAUUGCCAUUGUCUGUGUGAUAUGUUUCUUUAUCGGCUUGUCGAUGGUGACAGAGGGCGGAAUGUAUGUAUUUCAGUUAUUCGACUACUACUCUGCCAGCCGAAUUGUUCUCGUUGUUGCCUUCUUCGAGUGCAUCGUGGUAGCUUACAUCUACGGUAUUGAUCGAUUCUAUGACAACAUAGAAAUGAUGUUCGGGUUCCAAUUACCCUUCUGGACCAAAAUUUUCUGGAUGUUCAUUACACCAGCCUUCACUAUGACUAUCUUCAUCAUGGGAGCCAUCAGUUACUCCGAGUUGGAAUACAAGAGGAAGCAUAUAACAUACACCUACCCAUCAUGGGCAAUCGGUAUCGGAUGGACGCUUGCUAUGAUCUCUGUCAUCUGGAUUCCAAUCAUAAUAAUCAAGCGUAUUUAUGAAGCAAAGGGCACGAUACAUGAGCGAUUCAUUGCAUGUACUACUCCACAACUGAAAGAGGAACAGAUACGGAAAGGAGAAGACCUCAGUAAAAUCAAGCUAAUUACCGACCACUAUAGCAUUAAAGAAACCACGUCAACACAGGACAAUCUUCUGCCAAAAUAUUCCUCUAGCAGUGCAAGUGUAGAGUUUAAUAAAUCGCCGAACAACCUAUAGAAAUGACACAGCGGUCCCUUACUGCUAUCUCGGGUCAUUGUUAUUGGGAUUGUAAAGCUCGAACUAGUUCUCUGUCGACAUUAAGUCUAGCUUUGAAAUAUAUUAGCUCGAGUCAUGUGUCCAUGGUGUGUGGCUGAAAAUAGCUUAUAAAGAAUAGAACAGAAGCGAACAUCGCAUUCACCAUUAGCACCAGAAGCUGAUGUAACCAUGAUGGUAAAAUGGACAUUCCUUGCUAGAAUUUGAAAUGCAGCCAGAUCAAAAACAGUUAAAGCAGUUCUAAAACAACUCUUUCAUUGAAAUUUCUCAAUGAGUGUUAAAGAAAACACAGGCGACGUAGGAGUUUACCAAACUGAAAGCCGAAACAAAUGUGAAUGUUGGAGUAUCUUUUCAUAGGGUUGUAGUUUAAUGUAAAAAAACCUUAAUGGUUAGUAUUUGGUGAUUUUUGUAUAAAUAAUGACCGUAAAUUCACAUUCAAAGAUAAUAAUUGUUGCAAGAAAGUUAUUUUUGUAUAUCUGUAAGUCUCAAUAAUGUAUAUGUAUGUAUUUCUUGACCAUGAUUUAAUCAGAUCGAAGAAUUCCUUUAAACGUCGUCUGAAAUGCACCUUUUGUUAUUCGUUAAUAAACACCUACAGUAAUGGUAGUCGGGCACCAACACAACUGUCAUUUCAUCUGGUGAGCUAGCACCAUCACUCUGAAUGGUUUAAUCUACCAUCGAGAAGUUGCACAUAACGUUGUGCAGUAACAAAGCUAGAGUUGAUGAUGUCCCAUAACACUGUGUAAUGAUUAUAGAGUGUAUGUUAUGACAAAAUAAGGAUAUAUAAAUAACGUCAAAUAUGAUUUUAUUCCAGGUCUCUGAGAACAAAUACUAAGUUAUUUUUUAUCUUUUAAAAUAAGCAUAGAGGAAACUAAAUAAAAAGUAGUCUGAGGAUUUCCCUGAGAUUCCUGUUCUAAAUAUUCUGAUGCGCUCAUUAUUGUAAGAUGUGUUUCUAUGUGUAACCAUUACACAAGCGACGUCUUCAAUGAUAAACCACGAAACAGUAUUGUAAACACAUAAAUUGACAAUCAAAACUGUAUUAAGGUUGUAUAUGUUUAUUGAUAAAUUUUAACAACACUUGCUAAAAUGUUCCGUUUCAGUUCGCUUUGGUGAUAACAAAAUUACGAUAAGAGCCUGAACAUUAUUUACAACGAAGAAAAACGAUAUUAAACAACUUUUGAUAUAAAAAUCAAACUUUGUUUUUCAAUGUAUGAAAAGUAGUUUCUAAUGAAAUCUGUUAUUUUAUAAUUUAACUGCAUAUUGUCGAAAAUUCACCAGACAUUUUACGAUUUGGUAUGAUCGCCGUAAUAUGUUUAAGGAAUCUGAAGUUUUGUUAUAACAACUUUAGGUAUCGUUGACUUUCAGUGUUGGAUGUCAAUUACAUUAUUUUCCUUUAUUAAAUGAAAACUUUAGUGCAUAUCAA